AUGGCGGCGAGUCCGUCAGCCGCAGUGGCGGCGGAGGCAAUGGGGCGCUCCGCGCCGGCGCCGUCAGCCGCCUUCAAUCUUAACGCGCUCGCCGUGCCCGACCCUGCAGCGCUACCGCUGCCAGGUGCGCUGCAGAUUGCCUCGCGAGGUGGAUCCAACUUAAACGGCAUCGCCUGCUCCACCUCGACCGCCCUUGCCGCCGCUAGAAGCGCCGAAACAGCCGGGGAGCCGGCUUCGAGCGCGCGUUUCCCCGGAUCUCUGCCCCCCGUGCGGUCCACCGCCGUCCCCUCGCUCCUUCCGCCCGUUUGGCCCGCCGCUGCCGUGCCGCGCGGUCAGCUUGGCGCGCUGCUCGCAUCGUCCCUCCCUGCCAUGGCCUUCCCCGCCACGACCAUGCAUGGCGCACCCAACGCCACGCCCAGUAGUGCGAGCUCGCCUCUGCUGCCACACGCGCCCGCUUCCACGGCCGCUCAUCGCGCCGUCGCCCCGCCAGCGCACCGGGUCGACCACACCGCGCUCGCACUUCCACCCGCACAACCCUCACCGCCUCUCGCCUCCCCCACUGCCCCACUCGCCUCAGUCACCCGUCAACCGCACACACACUCGCUCGCCGCUGCAGCUACCGCCGGUUGCUCCCCCGCGCCCUCGCACCCGCCGUUGCACGCCCUCGCCACUCCGCCCCCACCGCCUGCUCCCCCUCCGUCCGCCCUCUGCCGCGCUGGCCCAGCGCAGGCGAUUCUCAAUGCCGUGGGGGUGGCGCGCACGAGCGCGGCGGGCGAAAAGGGUGCCAGGGGGGUGCACGCGGCAAGGGGAGGGGCAGAACCAGUUGAAGGCGCGGAGGAGGGGUGCGAGGGAGAUGGGGUGGUGCAGGGUGGAGCAGUGCAUGGGAGGGCGAUUCCCUCGACAGCGAGGCGAGGAGGCGAGGGUGUGGCAAUGGUGGCACACGGGGAUGGCCCAUGGCACCACGUACAAGCACCGGGAGAAAGCAAGGGCGAAGCAGGAGAAGGAAAGGUUGGAGAAGGGGAGACGCAGGGGCGAGGAGGUGCAGGCAGCAGGCAGCCCAGUGCGCAGGUGCUCUCCCCCAGGGCGCGGCCUCGCCCUGCACUGCACACGUGCGCAGCGGCGCCCCACACGGCCCUGUAUGCAGCACUGCCCCGCACCACGGGUGCCACGCCCAGCAGCAGAGGUGGCACAGCAGUGGGGGAGGAGGCGCAGCGGGCAGUUGGUCGUACUGGCGAUGCGCUGUGCGUGGCAGCGCCACAGCCCCACGCGCCUGCACCUGCUGCCACUGCUGCCGCACUGGCUGUGCCUGUGCAGUGUGCAACAGCAGGUGUGGUGGUGGAUGGCGAGAAACGCCCCAGCGGUUGUGUGGGCGCAGGUGGUGUGGCGCUGCAGUGCACGGGACAGGCGGGUGCGGCAGGCACGAGGGCGAGCGAGCACGUGUGGGUGCAGCAGUGGGGGCGGGCAGAGGGGCAUGUGGCGCCCCAGGUGCUGGGGGGAGGCGCACUCGUGAAGGUGGGCAGCGCAGGGGGCUUUGCCACGCGGUACUUCUCGCACCCUCUGCACGGCAGCAGCGCAGUGCAGGGAAGUCUGGCCGCACUGGAGUGCUACCCUGGGGGGGCUGCUGCCGGACAUGGGUUGGCGGAUCCAGGCGCUGUGUGGAGGGAAGGGGCGGAUGGCGGGUGGAGGGUUAGGGUCGAUAGGCAUGGUGGCAAGCGCAAGGAGAGAGAGGGAGUGGAGGUAGAGGGCGUGGGGUGGGGGGAAAGAGGGGCAGAAGGGGCAUGUCAUGAGGAAAGGGCGGGGAUGGUGGAGAGGUGCAGCGCAGGGAGGGAGAUGAUGUGUGUUGCAGGUGGUGGCAUUGCUCGCAUGCAGCAUCGCAGCAUGGCACACGCUGCUGCUGCUGCUGAUCAUUCGCAGGAAGGCAUGGAGGGUGGGGGUGCUGGUGGCGGGCGUGGUGAGUGUGGUGGCACGCCAGGGUGCGGGACAUGUGAGGUGGAUCAGGGAGGGCAGGGGCAGGUGAGGGAGCAGCAUGAGGUGGUGCGAGGGCAAGGGGAGGUGGCAGCAGCUGAGGAAGCAGAGGAGGCAGCAGAGGAGAGCAUUCUGGUACAGCUGUUGAAGAAGCAGCUGCUCUCACUGGCUGAAGCCAUUGCCACGCAUGAUGAUAUGCGGGCGCGCUUCCUGCUGCAGCACCUGUGGCAGGAGGUGGACCCCGUGGGCUCGCCCAUGCAGCGCACCGCCUUCUACUUCGUGCGCGCUCUCUCCGCCAGAGCCACCGCCACCGCACACCUGCUGCACACACCCUCCAUGCCGCAGGAGGUGGAUAACGCCCUGGCGUCUGUGCUCGCAGCCGCGCCCCUGCGCCACUUCCUCUCCUGCUCCGCCACCCAUGCCCUGCACCUCGCCCUCAUGCCCGCCCUCACACACCCCCAUGCGCACCCACACGCCUCCACUGCCCACCACGCUGCCCGUGCUGCUGCCGCUGACAGUGUGGGAACGGGAAUGGCAGUGAGUGAAGGACAGCGGCGUGUGGAGAGAGAAGGAACAGUGAAGGGGAUGACGUUGCAGCAGGAGCAGGAGAGGCAGGGGAGCAGCACGGAGGAGGGCGAGGAGAGACCUGCGGAGCAGCAGGAAGCUGAGAGGUGUUGGGAGGAGGGAAGGGCGAAAACUGUUGGUGAGGAUGAGGAAGGUGAGGGAACAGAGAGGGAGGGGAGUAUUUUCAGGGAUGAAGGCAGUGCGAGGGGCCGUGGAGGAAGCAGCUUGUGUGGCACGGAGAAGCUGGGCGGUGGAGUGGCAUGUGUGCGUGACCCAGCAUCCCAUGCAAAUGAGAAGCACACGAGCGUGCACCCGCCGUCGCCACGUGCGUUGUGUGCCCCCCUGGCAGUGCACGUGGUGGACCUGGGCCAGCACCAUGCUGCACACUGCCACGCCCUUCUCGCCGCGCUCACUGCAUGUGCGCCGCAGCACCGCCCCGUGUCACUGCGCCUCACUAUAGUGCACCUGCUCCAUGCCCACCCCGCCUCCCCCUGCACACCCCCCUUGCUGCCUUCACACCACGGCAGCAGCGCUGACACGGACUCACCUGCAUGUGCGGGCCUUGCUGCUGCUGCACCAGCUGCACCUGCCACGUCCUGUGCGGAACACGUUUACGCGCUUGCCUCCCGCGCUGCCGUACCACCUGCAGCUCACGACACUGAAGGCGUGGCCCCCAGCCUCGCUGGCACCGGCUGUGCUGCAGUGGAUGCUGCAUGGGGGCCCGUGCCUGGUGGGGCUGCACAGCCCAUGCUGCCUGCACGCGCACCACCCAGUAACCCUGAUGCUACUGCUCUGCCUGGUGCUGGCGACCAAGGCGCAGACGGUGCUGCAGCUGCAUCGCUGCUGGUGCAGCAGGUGCAGGAGGUGGCGCGUGGGUUAGGCAUGCAUGUGAGCGUGCGUGCAGUGCAGGUGGGCAUGCAGGGGGUGACACGCGAGGCGCUGGGCGUGCAGGAGGGGGAGGUGCUGCUGGUGCGAGCCGCCCUGCUGCUGCAGCAGCUGUGCGAUGCCUCUGUCAUCCGAGCCAACCCCCGCGACUCGCUGCUUCAGGCCAUCCACGCACUACGGCCACUACUGGUGACAGUGACGGAGCAGGAGGUGGGGCUCAACUCGCCCUUCUUCCUCAGCCGCUUCCGAGAGGCCCUGGAGCAUUACUCAGCAUGGUUUGACUGCCUGCACGCGCCCUCCUGCCCGGCGUCACAGGCACAGCGCGGGGUGCUGGAGGCGCAGGUGCUGGGGGCGGGCAUCAGCAACAUUGUGGCCAGCGAGGGCAUCCAUCGCCGCAUGCGCCCCGAGCACCUGCACGCCUGGCACACGCGUGCCAUGCGCCUGGGCUUUGAUGUGGUGCCCAUCAGUGGGGAUGUUCUCAAACCCAUGGCAACUGCCAUGGACACCAGCAGCGAGGGCCUUGAAGUCCAAAUCAGGCAAGGCGCAGCGGUGCUCGUGUGGAAGGGCUGUCCCUUGCUCUCAACGUUUGUCUUAAAGCCAAGUGAGGGAGCAACUGCAUCUUCUACCGGUACAUGA